GAGCUUUGCUCAAUUCACAGGCCAGAGUGAUCGCUAUGUGAUUAGAAGUGGCUCAGUGUUAGCUUUUUCCGCUGGGUGUUUUUUCUAUUCUAAUUUAGUGUUUUGAAUUAAAUAUUUUCUGAGUGAAACUUCUAUUUCCCUGAGUUCUCAGUUAAUUCAGCUGCUUCAGGUACAGCCAGCCAGAGCUAACCCCUAAAAAUUAUUUUCUUGAAUGAAAAUUCUUUCUCGUGUAUGAAGUACAUACAUGUUCUUUUAUUUGAUAUUCAUUAUAAGGGAACAGCAUACCCUUUUUCGGUAAAAGGCCAAAUGAUAAAUAUUUUAGACUUUGUGGCCCAUACUGUCUCCGUUCCAGCUGAACUCUGCUGUUGUAGCAUGAAAGCUGUGAUAGACAGUAUAUAAAUGAAUAAGCUUGGCUGUGUUUUUCAAUAAAACUUUUUUUAUGGACAAUGAAAUUUCAGUUUAAUACAAUUUCCAUGUGCCAUGAAAUAUUACUCUUUUUUUUUUUCAGCCAUUUAAAAAUAUAAAAACCAUUUUAACUCAUGGGAUGUACAAAAACAGGUGACACACCAGUCUAGGCUGAUGAGCUAUAGUUUACUGACUCCAUGAACCUAUGAGAUUUUAUACAAAUAAUCUUAUAGUUGUAGAAAUCACUAUUUGGACAGUCUAAAUUACUUUUUCAAAGUUUUAUAGUGAAUAAUAAUUGUAUCUAGUUCUGAUUGCCAAUGUGUCAGUCUGUCUGACUCUUUUGAAUAAAUCUAUACUUUUUGUUACUUUUGUCUUUCUAAAAAGUCCUCUUAACUGACAUUUUAUUGAGGUAGGCAUUAAAUAAGGAUUGUUGGAUAAGGCACCAUGCAUAGUGCCAAGGAUAUAAAGACUAAUAAGAUAGAAAUCCUUGCCCACAAAGAGUUUAUAAUCUAGGGAGAGACACAGAAAAAUAAAAUCAUGUUAAUCCCUUAUACAUUUUCAAAAUCCCCAAAGCUUAAAAACAUUUUUUCAUAAUUUGUUUUAUUUUUGUUGUUGAAAAUAUACACAGCAGAACACACACCAGUUCAACAAUCUCUACACAUACAAUUCAGUGACAUUGGUUACAUUCAAGUUGUGCAACCACUUUCACCGUCCUUUUCUGAAUUGUCCCUCCCCCGUUAACAUAAACUGACUGCCCCCUAAGUGUCUUAUCUGGUCUUUCAAGUUGCUGUUGUUAGUUUGAUUCCAUAUAGAUAGAUCUUAAAGGAGCACAGUGCACAAGGCAGACUUUCUUUACUAGUUAAGCUGAACUAUUGUUUGCUUUUAAGAAGACUGCAGGGAAUAUUUUUGGUUUAAGGGUUAAAGAUAUCUCAGGACAGUAGUUUCAGGGGUUCAUCCAGCUUCCAUGGCUCCAGAAAGCCUGGAUCCUGUAAGAAUUUGAAAUUCUGUUCUGCAUUUUCCCCCUUUUGAUCAGGAUUCUUUUAUAGAAACUUUGAUCAAAAUGUUCAGUAAUGGUAGCCAGGCACCAUCCCAUUCUUCUGGUCUCAUGGUAGAGGAGGCAGUUGUUCAUGGAGGCAAUUAACCACAUGUUCCAUUUCCUCCUUCUAUUCCUGACUCUUUUUCCUCUGUUGCUCCAGGUGAAUAGAGACCAGUGGUACCUUGGAUGGCUGCUUGCAAGCUUUUUAAAACACCAGGCACUGCACAGUGAACUAGGAGGGCUGCACUGGAAGAAGUAGAAGGAGAUGUGGCAGAAUUGGAACUGAAACUUGAUAAGCUUGUGAAGCUGUGUAUCGCGAUGAUUGACACCGGAAAAGCCUUUUGUGUUGCAAAUAAACAGUUCAUGAAUGGGAUUAGAGACCUGGCACAGUAUUCUAGUAAUGAUGCUGUAGUUGAGACAAGUUUGACCAAGUUUUCUGACAGUCUUCAGGAAAUGAUAAAUUUUCACACAAUCCUGUUUGAUCAAACUCAGAGAUCAAUUAAAGCACAGCUUCAGAACUUUGUUAAAGAAGAUCUUAGAAAAUUCAAAGAUGCCAAGAAGCAGUUUGAAAAAGUCAGUGAAGAGAAAGAAAAUGCAUUAGUAAAAAAUGCUCAAGUACAAAGAAACAAACAGCACGAAGUUGAAGAGGCCACAAACAUUCUGACAGCAACAAGAAAAUGUUUUCGACACAUAGCGCUCGACUAUGUACUUCAGAUUAAUGUUCUUCAAUCAAAAAGGAGGUCAGAAAUCCUAAAAUCAAUGUUAUCUUUUAUGUAUGCCCAUUUGGCCUUCUUUCAUCAAGGAUAUGAUCUAUUUAGUGAACUUGGGCCCUACAUGAAGGAUCUUGGUGCACAGUUGGAUCAGCUGGUUGUGGAUGCAGCAAAGGAGAAAAGAGAGAUGGAGCAAAAACAUUCCACCAUUCAACAAAAGGAUUUCUCCAGUGAUGAUUCUAAGUUAGAAUAUAAUGUAGACGCUGCGAAUGGCAUUGUGAUGGAAGGGUAUCUGUUCAAACGAGCCAGCAAUGCCUUCAAAACUUGGAACAGACGCUGGUUUUCAAUACAGAACAAUCAAUUGGUUUACCAGAAAAAGUUUAAGGAUAACCCCACAGUGGUAGUUGAAGAUCUCAGGCUCUGCACAGUGAAACAUUGUGAAGACAUAGAACGAAGAUUUUGCUUUGAGGUGGUCUCUCCAACAAAAAGUUGUAUGCUCCAGGCAGAUUCUGAAAAGCUACGCCAGGCGUGGAUUAAGGCUGUUCAGACCAGUAUUGCCACUGCUUAUCGAGAUAAGAGCGAUGAAUCAGAGAAGCUGGAUAAGAAAUCAUCUCCGUCUACAGGAAGCCUAGAGUCUGGAAGUGAGUCAAAAGAAAAAUUAUUGAAAGGAGAAAGCGCACUGCAGCGAGUCCAGUGUAUCCCUGGCAAUGCCAGCUGUUGUGAUUGUGGUCUGGCAGACCCACGGUGGGCCAGCAUCAACCUGGGCAUCACCCUGUGCAUUGAGUGCUCCGGGAUUCACCGGAGUCUUGGGGUUCAUUUUUCAAAAGUACGAUCUUUAACUUUAGAUACCUGGGAACCUGAACUUUUAAAGCUUAUGUGUGAAUUGGGGAACGAUGUUAUAAACCGAGUUUAUGAAGCUAAAGUGGAAAAAAUGGGAAUAAAGAAACCACAACCAGGACAAAGACAGGAAAAAGAGGCAUAUAUCAGAGCAAAAUAUGUGGAGAGGAAAUUUGUGGAUAAAUACGCUAUAUCAGCAUCACCUCCUGAGCAGGAAGAGAAGACUGUCUCCAAAAGUUGUGAAGAAAAGAGACUGAGCAUUUCUAAACCUGGGCCAGGUGACCAAGUCAGAGUAGCUGCCCAGAGUUCAGUCAGAAGUAAUGACAGUGGAAUCCAACAAAGCUCUGAUGAUGGAAGAGAGUCUUUACCCUCCAUGGUGUCAGCCAAUAGUUUGUAUGAGCCUGAAGGAGAAAGGCAAGAUUCUGCAUUUCUUGAUUCUAAACAUCUUAAUCCAGGACUUCAACUUUAUAGGGCUUCGUAUGAAAAAAAUCUUCCUAAAAUGGCUGAGGCUUUGGCUCACGGUGCAGAUGUGAACUGGGCUAAUUUGGAGGAAAACCAAGCAACACCACUUAUUCAGGCCGUACUAGGGGGUUCUUUGGUGACAUGCGAGUUCCUCCUACAGAAUGGUGCUAAUGUGAACCAAAGAGAUGUACAAGGGCGGGGACCACUGCACCAUGCCACCGUCUUAGGGCACACGGGGCAGGUAUGUUUAUUUCUAAAACGAGGUGCCAAUCAACAUGCCACUGAUGAAGAAGGGAAAGACCCUUUGACUAUAGCUGUGGAAGCAGCCAACGCUGAUAUAGUGACCUUGUUACGUUUAGCAAGAAUGAAUGAAGAGAUGCGGGAGUCAGAAGGACUUUAUGGACAGCCAGGUGACGAAACAUACCAGGACAUUUUCCGUGAUUUUUCCCAAAUGGCAUCCAAUAACCCAGAGAAACUCAAUCGUUUCCAGCAAGAAUCACAGAAAUUCUGAGUUUUUUUUUUAAGGAGGAAUUAUUAAAUCUGAUGAUCCCCUAAUGUGUACAGCCGAAAACUCAAGUUUUUACCGCAUUAAGUCUGCUUACUUAAUUAGUUUUGGUAGAUGUUGAAGAGUUUAGAAAAAAGGUACCCAUUCAUUGAUAUUUUUUAUAAAUUAAAAUAUGGAUCUCUAAUAGUUAGGAGAGGCACCUACUUGAGGACCUCUUUUUUCUUUUUAAAAGAAGCCUGUUUAAUAGGCUGUUUUGUAUAGAUAAAAGUAAAACCUAGCCUUAGGCCGUCUCUAGGUUACAAGAUGGCCAAGGGAUUAGGCAAAUCUCUUUUUUGCCAGUGGAUCAGAGCAGUGGCUUCUCCAUGCGGCAUGCCCAGAGUCAUUCAGUCAGCAUGGCUGCCUUGCGUGGGAGUCACCUGUCCUGCCUGCCUCAAGAAAUGUCUUUUUUUUAGCUUUCCGACGAUUUUUGGUGGUUCAUAGUUACUGUGUUUUUGGUUAUUGUUGUUAUUUUUCAUAGAUUAGCUGUCAUACACACAAUAUACGAUUUAAUUAUUAGAAAUAGAGAAUAUGUUUUCCCCAUUUACUCAUAAAUGCAGUUAUCCUUCUAGAGGUAAGGUAAUUGCCCUGUACUUUAGCGUAUAUGUAAUGGCUCUACAGGUAGACAUAGUUCACUCCUUUAGACUUAGUCUGUUUUAUGAAGAAAAAAGAAGCCCUCAAAACUUUUUUUUUUUUUUUUUUUAAUCACCAGAAGAAACUAAGCUGUAGAAAUGGUAGUUCUUCAUUUGUUGGUUGAUUUCAUGAAACCUUGCCAAGUUUAUUGAGAUGAUAAAACAGUUUCAGCGGCUACCUGAAUGUUGCCAAAUCAAGCUUUCAUCAAAAUGUAAUGUUCCCUGAAAAGCUGAUUCAUAACAUAACAUAUAGGACAUUUUUAUAUUUGAUAUUUGUCCUUUUCAAGAUACAUAUUUUGCCGUUGUUCCUAGUGAAAGUAAAAUCUCUGUCUAAAGGAAGAAAAAAACCUUGUAUUUUUCUUAGUUUAUAUAGCAAUAAUUCACUUUUUAACUUUUUCUGUAUCUGUCCAGUGCACAUGUGUGAGACACAGUGUACAUUCUUUUUAAUUAUAUCAUCUAUAGUAGCUUUAGUGUUUGGUUACAAACCACAGACUCUUCAAUUCCAAAGCAUUAUGGAUAUACUUAUUUACCAUCUAUGUGUAUGCUACAAGUUAGUCUGAUUCCAGCUUUGACUGUCUUGUCAGGAGUACAGAAUAAUUAAAUAAUUAAAUAAUUUGCCUUAUGUUCCUUUCUAGUAUAGUCGUUCAGUAUAGUCAAGUUUAAUUAUCUUUUACAAAUUACGUAUAUAUUACUAGAUACUCAGUCUUGUAAGAGAGAUUUUAAAACUUGGAUUAUUAAAAAGUAGAGAAAUUAUUUUUAAUUGGGUAGAUAAUAAAUUUUCUAACAUUUCCCCUAAUAACUAGGGUUUUAUAAACUGAUUAAGUAUCAAAUCAGAAUCUAUAUAAACAGGAAUUUUACUGAAAUAAAAUCAUGAUACAGAAAAGGCUGCAUAAUUUGCCCAAAUUGCAUGCAUAUGGUGCUUGUUUAGUAAUAGUCAUUGUAUAUUAGAAUAAGGAUAAAAAUGUGUUAUAUAUAUUUGUGAAUUAUUUCCAAGGAAAGGCUAGUUCUAAAGCAUUGCAUUUUAAUUACAGCAAAAACAGGGACAUUAAAUCUUUGGUGUUUCACCUCAAAGUCACAAAUCACCUGGAUUUUUAGGUACCUUACCUAGAGACAAAAGUCUGGUUUGUAACAUCUUUAUUAGAGUGUACUUUGAAAUUAAUUGUCAGAAGAGCUCAAAGAUAAAUAAUGUCAAAAACAGAUUAACAAGAGAAAGAAAAAUAAAGAAAAAAGGAAAGAGGAAAGAAGAGAGAGCCCUGUUUCUCCUUUGCAGGGCCUACUCCUGUUUUAAUCCUAGGACUUCACUCCGAGAGCUCCUGUUGUUUUUUGUUUUGUUUUGUUUGUUCUGAGGCGGCCUAGGCAGCUUUCCUUGUGGAUCCAGCAAUUGGCGCGUCAGAUCACGCCCGGGAUCUCUGUGGUGGUGAAGGCAAUUCCUUGUGACAUGUUACCCUCCUAUGGCUUGAGUCAUGAGCUGUUCAUGUGGCAGUGAUUCGUGUCUACUCAAAUGUAGUGGUUAGAGGUGUAUUCGAAGUGCUCUAAAGAUGAUCAUGGCUCUGGAUCUCCUCAGCGAAAACAAAACCUCUGAUAGUGCAGGGAAGCUGGACAUAACAAAAAUACAUAAUUUCAAUGGCUUGACUUCUUGAAUAUGCUGAGAUUCAGUUUGGACUAUUUUGGCAGAAAUGAUGGAGUAAACAGCAAGACACUGAAGUAAAUUAAUAGUUACAGAGUAGUUAUCAGGUAGGUUGGCUUUUAGGUGGAUUUAACUGUCAGCUAAGAACUCUUACUGUAUAGUAUGUAAUGAGGCUGGGUUUUAUUAUGCUGUGAAAUAUUCAAUGCAUUAUGAGAAAUUACAGUGUAACCGAUGUUAAUAAUACUCUGGGGGUUCAGAAGGCGGUGUGAUUGCCCUCUGUUUGCUUUUGAUAACUGACCUACAGAUUUUACUUUCUGCUUCCUUAUCAUUUUUCUGUUAGCUCCUUCACUUAAAAAAUGAGGUUAUUAUCAAAAUAAGAAUAGCAGUACUAAAUAUGAAAAAAAAAUAUGAAGACUUCAUAAAAUACAGUCUCAUGUUACAACUAGAUUAAAGGCAAUUCAGUAGUUACUUGUAAUGCUUCAUUGCAACACUAUAUAUAUGUUUAAGGUCUCGAAGGUUUAAAAAAUUACCUUUGGUACAGUCCUUAGAAAUUCAGAAGUUUCCAGGGGUUCACUACAUUACAGUGUUUGCCUAAUUUAUACUGGUCUUCAUGGUAGAUUUUGAUGAACUUAGAUGUUUACUUUCUAAAAUAUGCAGAUUUAAUUUGGAAUAUGUACUUUAGUAAAAAGGUUAUACCUUCACAGUCUGGACAACUUAAGUUUGUGAUACCUUAAACAGUAUUUAAAAAAAAUAGAAUUUUAUGGUUGUAAAGUAUGGUCACAAUAAACCAAGGUGUAUUUAAGACUAAAUUUAUUACCCAUUUUGAAUAAUAAGACAUUCUCAAAACACUCUUACAUUGUCAAAUUAACUUUUCUAUUUGAUAAUACUUUGAACCAUGGACAUGAGCUGGGAAGAUGAUAUUUUUAUACAAUUGUAGAAUGACUUCAGAGCUACAUGAUAUAUUAGAAAGAGCACUGGACUGGUAGUCCCUACCCUUUUUGGAUUCCAGGCUCCUCACAAAUACAGUGAGUGGGAUGAGAAAAGGUGAAAAUAUAAUGUCCAUUUGUAUAAUGUUUUGCCACUUACGGUGCACUUUGAUAUUAACUUUAUCUCACCUGAUUCAGUAGGACUUUAAGAUCUUAAUCUAAGAGUUCUAACAUUGUCUGCAUCUUUGAGCCUAGCUGCUCCUUUUGUUUUACAGAGGAGGUUGCUCGGUUUGCUAGUUGGUGGCAGAAGUGACACCAGAACCAAGGUCUGACUGACUGCCAGUCUAGAGGCAUUUUCCUAGUAUCAUGAAGUGGUUUGAAAUCAUAAAGCUGCAAAAUCUGAUAAUAACCGCAAGCUUUCCUUGUGUUUUGAUAACAAAGACUCCACAUAUUCUGGAGAACUUGAAUGUAAUAUUACUUUAAAGGAAUAGAUUGGGAUUUGAAGAUAAAUUUUACAUUUUUCACAGGAACAAACACUGAUGAAAGUAAAACAUUGUACAGGUAAUUUUAAUCCACCAUAUACUUUUUUUUUUUUUUUUAAAUCUCUCGAUGCUUCCAAAUGAUAGAGAACUAA